AUGGGUGAGCUUGUAAAUGCUGCAAGAACAUUAGGUGAAACAGGAAAUUUUGUAGAUGGUUUUAAAAGACUUGUUUCAAAUGUUUUAACAAACACAAAGAAAUUAUUUAGAUAUACCAUACAUAACGGACGGAUUUUCGAACAGGUAGCAACAAACCCUCCGGUUAUGGCUGCGUUGAUGAUGGUUAGAGAUAUAAAACCACGUAACGACGGGAACGAAGAACAUGAACAACAGAGCCCAACGGGCUCAGAGCCACAUAGUGGCGAGGAUACUGGUCGGGUUAUUCGAGACAUUAAAAACGUGUAUCCUGAAGUUAUUGAUUUAUUUAGAGGAGUUAAUGAUUCAAUUUCAAAACAUUCUAUAACCCUCGAUGAAGAGAAUAAAUUAACAGAUUAUAUAUUCGUCAUUAUUGCAGAACUAAUGAAGAGAAUAAAUGAAAAAGGAAUUGGUGAUAUCAUUAAUGUCAGCGAUGUAAUGAUGAAAAGAAAUUUUGACUCAUUAUUUACAAAACCGAAAACAGAAUAUAGUCUUUAUGACGUAAUUACCGAAUUAAUGAAAAAGAUUAAUGAUAAUAAGAGUUCUGGCGGAAGAGUUGAAUUAGAAGUGAAUGAUGUUAAUGAGAAAUUAGCCGAAAAAGCAGAUAAAAACCACGUUCAUUAUAUAACUUCAGACGAACAGAUUAUAACGGACUACCAUGGAUAUUUAACACGAAGUGAUGAAGCGAAGACAAAAAAUGUUAAUGAAAGAAGAUAUAAAUACAUUCGUGCUAAAGGUUAUGACAUAAGCUGUACUGUACAGUAUGAUGUAGCUAAAGCACCAGAAGCAUUUGGUUAUACCGGUGAAAUUUAUGCCUCUACUUUCAAUGUUAACGGU